CGGAAGCAAGCAGGUGCCUCCAGUAAAGGGCAAAGCUUUACGGCAAGUGACGCCGGACGAUGCUCUUGAAGAUUUCGCUGUGCUGAACAAGUCGAAUCAACAUAAAAUGGAUUGCGUCAGUGUCUGUGCAGAUGUGAAGAAUAAAGAGAAAAUGAUCGUAGCGGCGACACAACAACAUCAAGGACGACUAGGAGGCUUUCGAGAAGGAACGAAUAACGAGGCAAAAAAUCUGCUGUCCCCUGCUCGCAGCCCAAUCUCGUCGAAAGAGAAACCAGGUUCCUUGUCACCGUCCUCCACCGCGUCCGCGUGUGCUGGGGGAGCUAUGCAGGGUAUACCAAGACAAGUCAGCAUAGGGUCUGUCACUACGGGCACCGGCGGUCCGGCGUCGAGCAGCUGGGGCGGUAGUACAAGCGCAGGCGGUGGUAUCAGAGUGCACAAGAACGGACCCCCUCCCCCAUAUUUGCAUGGCAUGAACAGCAAUACAAACACCAGCACACGUGGAGCCUAGGCAUGACAAAUUUAUGCACCUGACGUAGUACAACUGUUUGGAAAUAAUUUGUCAUGCAAACAGUGCUGCGGGGCAGCGACAGACCGGAUUUGGGGUUUUGCAUGACAAAUGAGGGCGAGGGGGAAUUGUGCACUGUCAUAGGUGGAACCUCGUCCGCGCACCGCCACGGCUCGUCUAACUCAAGCAGGUUCGGAGGUCCGACGUCUACGGGCUCUGCGACGUCGGAGAUAUUACCCCAUAUGGAUCAGGCCGAGGCCAACCUUGCUGCCCUGAGAGGGGGUUGUGGCUCCUUCUUGCCCGGAGUAGAUGACCACAACAAGAACCGUUCAGCAGCUGGCGAGGACAACGUCGGCCAAAAAAUAGAAGUCGUGGACCACCUGACCAACCACGACACGAGGCAGCGACUCGAGGCUACUUGUGGGACGAUCAAGAACCCCACUACUUUAUCGGCAUCAAAAGCCAGCAGCUUGAUGCAUAUGCAGCAGUGCGCUGCUGGGAAAAUUAUAGACACGAGAAUGCCGACUGCAGAUCUUUUCACCACUGCGGAAUUAUUGCUCUCUCCGGCUUUCGACACGAUUGAGAGGCAAGACGAAGAUUUCGGUUUGGGCAAGACAUGCAACACUUUCAUGCUGGGGCAAAAGAUCUCCUACACCAUCCGAACGGAAAAAUUGCAACUCCCCGAACACUUCAAGGCAGACCGGGGGAUAAGCGUUGAAAAAGCAAAUUUGAUGGAAAGACGGAUGGCGCUGCAGUUCUUGGAGGAGAAAGGGAAGUUGGUGGAGUUUAAAAAGACCCCGGUGUAUUUGGGGGGCACUACACGUUGUACAACUAGAAAGGAACAAAUGAAGAGCUGUGGGCCGCAGCACCAGACAGUAGAACAGAAUCAGCAUGCGACAUCUUCAUCAAAGUGGGCGAAGGUGGUACCUGUCAAGAACGGAGAGGAUAAUACGGAUUCUCGGCGAAAAACAAAUGAGGCAUCUGUUUGUCCUGCGGUGCGGCACAUGGAACUAGAUAAGGACGAGCAGCAGGAAAUCAGUUGCGAAGAAGAACGCGAGGACCAGGACAUUAUUUCCAAUAUCGACGAUGCCGUGGUGAUACGAAUCGCAAAAGUAUCGUACUAGUACAAAUUGCAUUACAAAUUUUCGCAGCAUGAAAAAUUGAAUUUGUCAUGCUGUUUCACCUUGGAAACGGAAAGGAAAUUUGUCAUGGUGCAUACCUGCAAUUAGUACGAGUGGGAUACUUUUCCACAGGAUAAGUGAAUUUCUGUCCGUCAGUCGGGAUGAGCACUACUAUUGCGGCUGCACAAGCUCAGCAGGAAGGAGAUGGAGCGCAGCAAGUAGAUGUAGAGCCCGAGGAGCAUGAAAGAGAGUACAGUUUCCGGCAACUGAUCCGAAUUCCCCAGGAGCUAGACCCGUUGGUAAAGCGAUCCAUUGAGCUGAAACAACUGUUUCUGAAGUGGCUACUGGCAAGCGAUUUCAUGGAGAAGUUGAAAAGAGAAAAGCGGGAAAUAUGAAUCGCAAAAGUAACGUACUAGUAUAAAUUGCAAUACAAAUUGACUCAGCAUUUGCAUUUUACUACAGAUUGAAUUUGUGAUGCGGAUUUUCCUCAGGAACUAGAUUUGUAAUGCAUAAAUGCAAUUAUUAGUACAACUACAAGCAUUUUGCACAGGAUAGGAAAGGAAAAAGUACGAAAGGGAAGAGAAGUGGAAAAGGAAGCAAGCGCAGCUACGGACGAGUAGUGCAGCAGCUUCAGGGUAUAAUGUUGGUGGGGGAAGAACAACCUCUAAUGCAACCGGAGGCUAUGAUACUUUGCGAGGAGAUCAUGGCGGGUAUGGUGGAGCUGGAUCAACAGGUACAUCAAGACAGCACCACCAGCAUGAUGAACGACAUAACAACCCUGCUUCCGCCCUCCCGCAUGAAGAUGACGAAUAUGUGACGCCGUCCGUUGAUGAAGAACUUCAACGCGCCGGCGCAGCAGUUCUUGUAGCACGUUCUUCUCCUCAUCCUCAACACGCAGCCUCAACACCAGAGAAUAUUAAACGUGUGUCCCCACGCGGCGGGCGAGAAGACCACGACAUGGAGCAAGAACAGCAAGACCACCACUACUCCACCAAGCUGGCCCACGAUGUCGAAGAUGUUUAUUCGCAGUCGUCAGUUUCCCUGCUCUCCCCCUCCAGAACAAGGGAUGUGUUGCCGAACAUGAAUAUGAAUGUCACCGCCGAGGAUGAAAUAAUAAUAAAUCCUCCGGCUAGUACUAGUAGUGCAGAAGCGCCGCCGGCGCCUCCUAGUCUCACCCCGCUAAUCGAGCAAGAAGAUGAGGACAUGGCUUGGGAACGAAACCGGAAGUUUUUCCUCUACUCUCUGACGCCACCGGAGAUGAAAAUUGUGCCGAAGAGGAACAAUAAUGCGAGACAAAACCUCCAGAAUGCAGUGGAAGCAGCCGGCGGACAUGUUGCCCCGUCAACACCAGGUGCGAAUGGUCUUCCACAAGGUGUGAUCCACAGAACGGCCACUCACCGAACCAACGGCGGCGCGGAUCAUUGUGUGCAGCAGACGGGCGACUCAACACGCGGGCAUGAUCAACAGCUACCUAGCACCACUGGCGACACAAUAAAAACCGUCAAUCGCAAUCGGCCUCGAAGCGGCGGACGAGGACCGCUUUGUUUAGUCAACACCGCGGAAUUAUAAUGCACUGCAAAAGUAUAAUCGUACUCGUUCUGAUUGCGUUUAUGCAUUACAAGUCUUUUUCUUGAGGCAAAUCCGCAUUACAAAUUCAAUUUGUAGUGCUAAAUCAAUUUGUCAUGCAAUUUAUACUAGUACUAUUCUAGUACGAUAUUUUUGCAGUUCAUAGGAAUGGUCUGAAGUGGACUCCGAGACAGCGUCGCGACCCGGGUGGCCACACGGCGAGAUCCAGGCGGCCGUGGAUCUCUGCUUUUGCGGCGGCGAAG